AUGCUGACAAGUGACAAGGCCAUGUUCGGCGAGGGCGAGUGGUUCUUCUUCAGCCCUCGUGACCGCAAGUACCCCAACGGCGCCCGCCCCAACCGCACGGCGGGCUCCGGCUACUGGAAGGCCACCGGCACCGACAAGCCCAUCCUGGCGGCCGGCGGCGCGCACUGCCUGGGCGUCAAGAAGGCGCUCGUCUUCUACCAGGGGCGAACCCCGAAGGGAAGCAAGACGGAGUGGGUCAUGCACGAGUACCGCCUCCUCGACACCGACGCCGCCGCGGUGCUCGCCAGGCCCACCGCCUCCAACUCCAUGAGGCUUGACGACUGGGUCCUCUGCCGCGUCCGCAAGAAGGGCGUCUCCUUGGGCCCGGCGGGCAUGGACGAUACUUCCGAGGGAAUAACAACGACGACGACCCGCGCCGCCGUUCCGGCCAACGACACCGACUACCACCACGCCCAGCUCGAGAUGGCCACAGCAACUCAGAGGGAGGUACUGCGACAUCAUCAGGUGCCCGACGCCGGGACCGGCGGCGGCGGCUUUGGCGACGUCGUCAUCGACUGGAACAACAACGACGACGACGGAGGAGACGACCUGCUGCAGUACCUUAUGGCCAGCGGCGGGCUCGGCGGGUCCCCGUCCGCCCACCAUAUGCAUCAUGAACAGGGGCACGAGCACGGCAAUGGCGGUGACCGCGCGCCUCGGCGCCGUCGUGGCGUGCGUCGUCUUGGCGGCCGUGGCGGUGGCGCCGCGUCCGGUGGCGGGGAUCCUUGA